AUGAAGAGAUGUGGGAGUUGUGUGCGAGGCUGUGCUGUUAAAGACGAUGAGGAGGGUCAUCUGAUCUAUGAGCCGGGUGAUGUGUUACAGGACAGAUAUGAGAUUGUGGGAACGCUGGGAAAGGGAACGUUUGGAAAAGUGCUGGAGUGUGUCGACCAUCGCAGUGGGGGCUCUCACAUCGCUCUGAAGAUCAUCAAGAAUGUGAAGAAAUACAGAGAAGCAGCUCAUCUGGAGAUCAAUGUUCUGGAGAACAUCCAACAGAAAGACCCGGAUCAUGAGAGUCUGUGUGUACAGAUGUUGGAGUGGUUCGACUAUCACGGUCAUGCGUGUCUCAGUUUUGAGCUGCUGGCUAUCAGCACGUUUGACUUCAUGAAGCAGAAUCAUUACCUGCCGUAUCCCAUCAGUCAUGUCAGACACAUGGCCUAUCAGAUCUGCCUCGCCGUCAACUUUCUCCACAACAACAAGCUGACACACACAGACCUCAAACCUGAGAACGUCUUGUUUGUGAACGCAGAAUACACAGUCACGUGUAACUCCCAGCAGAAGAGAGACGAGCGAUGUGUCAAGAACACAACUGUGAGGCUGGUGGAUUUCGGCAGCGCCACAUUUGACCACGAGCAUCACAGCACCGUUGUUUCCACCCGACACUACAGAGCGCCGGAGGUCAUUCUGGAGCUGGGAUGGAGUCAACCGUGUGAUGUCUGGAGUAUCGGUUGUAUUCUCUUCGAGUAUUACAGUGGAUAUACACUCUUUCAGACUCAUGACAACAGAGAGCAUCUGGCCAUGAUGCAGAGAGUACACGGAGCAAUUCCUGCCAGAAUGAUUCGAAAAACAAGGAAGCAAAAAUACUUUUCCAGAGGUCGGUUAGACUGGAGUGAUGAUACAUCAGCUGGAAAAUACGUGAGAGAGAACUGCAGACCUCUCAGAAGGUGUGUGUCGUCUGAUUCAGAGGAGCAUCAUCGGCUCUUUGACUUGUUGGAGAGUUUAUUUGAAUAUGAACCAGAGCGGCGGCUCUCUCUCUCCACUGCACUGCGUCAUCCAUUCUUCAGGUGUGUCCGAGAUGCCAGCGGCAGAGACGUGAGCCGGUGA